UGGAAUUUUCUCACCCUAGCACUAAGUUGUUACGAUUCGCAUGCUGCAUAAACUGCUUACUGCUGUAUAAAACAGGUUGUUUUGGGGUGGGAAUCUUCUUCUGCGAUUAAACAUCUUAUCCCCCUUUUUCGGGGUUCGUUAUCGGUUGGCACGGUCGAGACCGUCUAAUUAUACUACCCUCGAAGUGCACUAAUUUUUGCUGACAACCGCAACGCCUAUAAAAGAGAACCACGUUCGGCCGGCGAAUCUUCAGUGCUAUUUCAAAUUCAUCGAUGUGCGUAGUCAAGUUGCGGUCAUACAGAACAAGGAUACCCCGGAUUUGCCGUGAGCACCGGUCACGGUGAUAUUCACCUCAAAGUGUGUUACCUACAUAAUGGAUGUGGCUGAAUAGAAGAAGAGUUGUGCUUGGAAAAAAUAUCAAUUGUGUGGUUGUGCCAGUUGCUUAGUGUCCCCACGGCCACGGCCAGAUCCCCACCAGACUUGACCUAUCACAGAAAGAGUGAUCAAUCAUGGAACAACCGAAUCGAUUCAAAGUGCAAACGGUGAUACAGAUCCAGAAUGGUCACGAUCAGUCUGGUGGCACUGACCCACCGGCCCAGUUCCGCUGGCUGGACGACGAAGUGAAGCUCAAUGUACCCGAUUUGAAAAACCGCAACACCACUAAUCGGGUGGCUCCGGCACCGGAAGCAAACGAAGAUCGCCGCGUCAGCAUCAUGGGUGUCACUAGGGAUCCGCUCCCUCGAUUGGAUCACUAUCGGACGUCGUUGCGAAAAAAUAAACGGCCCUCGAUCGGCGAACUUCAUGGAGACAGCGAUGCCAAAGAUAAGAAACAGGAACCGGAACAGGAAGAGCCAAAAGCCACCGGACACCUCAUCAGACUGGGAUGGGUCCAGGGUGUCCUGACGCCAUGCCUGCUCAACAUUUGGGGUGUAAUGCUUUUCCUGCGUCUCAGUUGGGUCGUAGGCGAAGCCGGAAUCGUCGACACCUUGCUGAUCAUGCUGCUAUCUUAUAUGGUGUGCGUCAUCACCACACUGUCGCUGUCGGCUCUCUGUACCAACGGUCAAGUCAAAAGCGGUGGCAUCUACUACAUAAUCUCGCGCUCGCUGGGACCGGAAUUCGGAGCAUCGGUGGGCGUGGUGUUUGCCUUUGCCAAUUCGGUCAACGCUUCCAUGAACACGAUCGGUUUCUGCAGUUCUUUGAACGAUCUACUUGCUUCCUACGGAAUCAAAAUAGUGGAUGGUGGUGUGAACGACAUUCGUAUCGUUGGAACGGUCGCACUGUUCAUUAUGGUGGCCAUUUGUGCCGUGGGCAUGGACUGGGAGGUUAAAGCGCAGAACUUCCUGCUUGUCGCUAUCCUGGUAGCUAUUGCGGCAUUUGCGGUUGGAGCUGUAAUGGGUCCCAGCGAGGAUGCCGAUAGAGCCAAAGGUUUCCUAGGAUUCUCCACGGCCGUAGUGUCAUCCAAUUGGGACUCGUUGUAUCGAUUCAGCGAAGGUAUCCAGCAGAACUUCUUCAGCGUGUUUGCAAUCUUCUUCCCAAGUGUUACCGGAAUCCAGAGCGGCGCCAACAUUUGCGGAGAUCUGAAGGAUCCAGCCAGUGCCAUUCCGAAGGGAACGCUGUUGGCGUGUCUGGUUUCAGCCAUAUCUUACAUUAUGUUUGCUCUCUUGGCUGGAAGUACGGCUGUUCGAGAUGCCUCUGGAAACCUUACCGAUCUGGUGGGAGUCAACUUCACGUCUUGUGAUACCAUGCUUAAUAACUGCAAGUAUGGAUUGAACAACGAUUACGCGAUUAUGCAGCUGAUCGCUGCGUCCAGCAUACUGAUCUACAUUGGAUGUUGGGCCGCCACACUCAGUACUGCUCUGACUAACCUUCUGUCCGUUCCCCGUCUAAUCCAGGCCCUCGGAAUCGACCGAAUUUAUCCAGGUCUGAUCUUCUUCUCCAAGGGCUACGGAAAGCAUUCAGAGCCGUACCGUGGAUACGUCUUGGUAUUCUUGGUUUCCUUCGCGUUUAUUAUGAUUGCCGAUCUGAACACCAUUGCCCCGUUGAUCUCGAACUUCUUCUUGGCUUCGUACGCUCUGGUGAACUUCUGUACGUUCCACGCUGCUACUGUUAAACCUCUCGGAUGGCGCCCAACCUUCCGGUACUACCAUCCUUGGCUCAGUAUGGGUGGAUCACUGCUGUGCGUGGCCAUCAUGUUCCUGAUCGAUGUAGUUUCAACGUUCAUCACAAUUGUGAUCAUCUUCGUCCUGUACCUCAUGGUAAUCUACCGAAAGCCCGACGUGAACUGGGGAUCAUCGACGCAAGCUGCGGCAUACAAAUCCGCCCUGAACUCGGCCCUCAACCUGGAACAAGUUGGUGAUCACGUCAAGAACUACAACCCACAAUUGCUAGUCCUUUCCGGUAAUCCGUUGCAUCGGCCCAACUUACUAAACUUUGCCAAUUUGAUCACCAAAAACCAGUCGUUGAUGAUCGUUGGCAAUGUGGUGGAGCAGAAGCUGAACUACAAAGAGAGAAAGGCCCACGUUCAAGCCGGGAAGAAAGUGCUCAACGAUUUGAAGAUCAAGGCAUUCUACAACAUUCUGGAUGGGCUGCCGUUUGACGAGAGUGUGCGGGCGAUGAUUCAAUCGACCGGGUUCGGACGACUGACGCCGAACAUCUUGAUGGUCGGAUACAAACAGGGCUGGCGCACGUGUGGAACCGAGGAACUCCAUACCUACUAUAACGUUUUGCACAACGCCUUCGACAACCGACUUGCUUUGACCAUUCUACGGCUACCAAACGGGCUCGAUUGUUCCCACUUGGUUCCACCAAAGCCCGAGCUAGAUCUAGCCGAUUCGGCACUGAACAUUAUGUCGUCGAUGGCCUACAUUAACACUCCACAAGGACUGCGAAUCCAGAAGGGUCUGAUGCCCGUCAACUCCAAUCUGGAUCUUCAUGGAAUGGCCGCCAGCAGCGAGCAGAUCAGCGUGAACGUCCCGAAUGAAGGUAGGUGGAAGGUGGGACCUCCAACUCCAAUACGAUGCCACAUAUUAAUAUGUUCAAAUCUUAAAGAUCAAGAUCACCGAAUGAAUCCCAAUUCAACAACGCCAGGCAAAGAACUCAACAUGUUCCGUGAGAAGCAACCUGCAGGAUACAUCGACGUGUGGUGGUUGUACGACGAUGGUGGCCUCACCAUCCUGCUACCGUACAUCAUCUCCACCCGGGCCAAGUGGUCCGAAUGUCAGAUACGAGUAUUCGCCCUUGCCAGUCAGCAGACCAACGUUGAGGAGGAACGCGAAAACAUGACAAUUUUGCUGGACAAACUGCGCAUCAACUACGUAUCGCUCAUCAUGGUCACCCUGUCGGACAAACCGCAAGAAGCGACCAUCCAAGCGCACCGAGCCCUCCUCAGUACCCUGGUGGAAGGCCAGGAAACGGAUGUCUUCGUCAGUGCAUCGGAACAGGCACAGCUGGAGGAGAAAACUUAUCGUCAACUGCGGCUACGGGAACUGCUUCAGCAGUAUUCCAAGCACGCUUCGCUGAUCGUUCUCUCCAUGCCGAUACCGCGAAAGGGAAUCGUAUCCGCUCCGCUGUACAUGUCUUGGCUAGAAAUGCUCACGAAGGAUAUGCCACCGUUCCUGUUGGUGCGAGGUAACCAAACCUCGGUGCUUACGUUCUAUUCUUAGAUUUAAGGUCAAUCAACUAGGUUAUCUAAACGAACCAGUGUAUACACUCAGGAAGAAAAUAAAUCAAUUAAGUCAAUCAAGAGAAUAAAAUCAAUAUGUAAAAAAGGAAGGAAGGCUCAACAGAUAACUGUAUCGAAAGAACCAAACAUGCUCAAAAAAUC